UUUCAAAACGCUACAGUGUCAGAUGUUGUGAAGGUCAUCUGGUCUCUGAUAAGUCUGUAGUAUGGUGCGCAUGGUGUGGUGUGCAGCUGCUUCUCUCUUUCACACAGUCUCCCCUUUCUGGGACCAGAUUAACUCCCCCCUCCAGCAGACAGCUCAGGCUUUGGACAAUGUCCCCCUCCUCUUCUACAUCCUGGCCCUGAAGACACUGCUGCUGUGUUUGGGCUUUGCCGGGGUCAAGAUUUACCAGAGCAGGAAAGCGGAUGAGGCCCUGAAGAAGCAGCAGGCUGAGAGGAGGAGAUUGGCCCAGCAGUCGCAGGAGUUCAUCAACAACUCGAAGGAGGACUGAGAACAACCAGAGAAACCGAUCAAGUUUCUUCCACCGAGGCAGAGAACUGGCAAGAGGAGGCAAUGCUGCUCUUCUGGAGACUUGCCGUUCAGCACUUGGAUGUUGAACCAAUCUAGUUUAAUACCUUAUUUAUACAGCUUUGACUGGUUUUUAUAAGAAGAAAAGAAGGCAGAAACCAUGCAGAUAUGAGAAGUUGUAAUGACUGAUAUCUAACUCAGACAUCUGUCUGCCUUGUUGUCACUCAAGGUCUGAGCAGUUUUUACUUUGCACUUAUUUUUAUAACCAUAUUAAAAUGUUUGUUCCACAUGA